UUACUUACUAUUAUUACCGUCUUUUACUAAUAAGAAAUUAUAAAUCUAUAUAUAUACAGUUGUCACAUAUAUAUAUAUAGUAUUAUUGGAUUCUGAUCUAACUUUGAAGCCUAUAGAAGGUAUUUAUAAUUUCCCGGACAUAAAUAAAGGCUUGACAAUCUAGUAUGGCUCCACCAAUUGAACAACCGAUUCCGGUUUCGUCUGGAUCUUCCAUUAAUAGUAAUGAGACUCCAGGUGAAGCAUACCAUAUAAACCUGGAAGCAUUUCAAAGAAUGCCUCUUAUAUCACCUAACCUAACACCAAGCCAAACCAAUGUUUCUCCUCAAAUCCCACCAGUUAUCAGUCAAGAUGAACGUAAAGCCUUACCGAUUCAUGACGAAUUACCAAUAGUUAGGUGUAUGGCUAGAGCCCGUAUUCCAACUACUCAGGGCCCGGAGAUUUUCUUGCAUAUCUAUGAAAAUAGCAUUGAUAAUAAAGAGCAUUUGGCUAUUGUCUUUGGCGAGGAUAUUCGUUCAGAAUCUUUAUUUGCACAAAGAAAAGGUGAAUCUCAACAGGAUAGAAUGACUAGAGGUGCUUACGUUGGUAAAUUAUUUCCUGGUCGAGUUGAUGCUGAUAGGGAUACUAGAUCUAAUCAGAUUUUAAAAUUUGAUUCCAAUGGUAAAUUAAUUAGAGAACCAUCAACGACUUUUGCCGGUGAACCUGCUUUAGUUCGUAUUCAUUCGGAAUGCUACACUGGUGAAACGGCUUGGUCUGCUCGUUGUGAUUGUGGUGAACAAUUUGAUGAAGCUGGUAAACAAAUGGGGUUGGCUGGUCAUGGCUGCAUGGUUUAUUUAAGACAAGAAGGUAGAGGUAUUGGUUUAGGUGAAAAAUUAAAAGCUUAUAAUUUACAAGAUUUAGGUGCUGAUACCGUUCAAGCCAAUUUGAUCUUGAAACAUCCUGCUGACGGUAGAUCUUUUUCUUUGGCCACUGCUAUCUUGGUUGAUUUAGGUUUGGCAGAAAUAAAAUUACUUACCAAUAAUCCAGAUAAAAUCUUGGCCGUUGAAGGUAAAAAUCAAGAUGUUAAAGUCACUGAAAGAAUCCCAAUGAUUCCAAAAGCUUGGACCUCAACUGAUGGUAUCAAAUCAAAGGAAAUUGAAGGUUACUUGAGCACUAAAAUUGAAAGAAUGGGUCAUUUAUUAGAAAAACCAAUUCAGAUUUAGACUUCGAGUUCUAAACAAAAAUAAGAAAAAAAAAAAAAAAAC